CGAACCGGGGUUGCUUCGACCCCCGGCCCCCUUUGAAAGCCCCGCUCUCUCUCACCAUCGGUGCUCCUCUUCUGAGGCAGUACUGUACCGAACGAAACCCUAGCUCCAAAAUUUUCUGAACCGUAGCGCUAUCUCUCUUCUCCAUCUGAUGCCUCAUUAGAUCAUGGUGUCGUCCACCUCCUCACUCCUGCCCAAGGGGGUUUUGUGCAAACCUUACGACAGCAUAGGCAAUGAUCCAUUUGGUUCUCAUAGUGAAAGUGUGUUAGAUGUGGGCAAUUGUGAUUCCAUAAAGUCAGUUCAGUGUAAGAAAAGAAGAAUGUCUGACAGUGUGGAGGUGGCAGCAUCUUUACCCACUUUGCAUUCUUCUGAAUAUUUUAUAAAACCCUCAAUUGAUGAGCUGGCAGCCAGUGAAUUUGUUGAUUCUGGUUACUGCAGCAGGGUUCCAAACCUUGUGGUUGGAAGAGUCGGUUAUGGACAAGUUAAAUUUUUUGGUUACACCGAUGUUAGAGGAUUGAAUCUAGAUCAUAUCAUCAAGUUUGAUAGGCAUUCCGUGGUGGUGUAUGAAAAUGAGAUUGACAAGCCUGCAGUGGGCCAGGGUCUUAACAAAGUUGCUGAGGUGACCCUGAUCCUUGAGUUGAGAUCUCCAUGUUCAAAAAGGUUGGAAUCUCAGAGACUUAUUACCAAAUUGCAGAAAAGUGCUGACAGACAGGGAGCCUGCUUUCUUUCAUUUAACUUGGUUAACAGUGAGUGGAAAUUUCUAGUCCCUCAUUUCAGUAGAUUUGGAUUGGAUGAAGAUGAGGAAGAUGAUAUGGUUGUAGAUGAUGUUAAUGUUCAACCGGCUGCUGAGAUAAAAGAACCUCAAGUGCAUUCUGAUGGACUGGUUUUAUCUCAUUCACUUCCAGCUCAUCUUGGGCUUGAUCCUGUGAAGAUGCAAGAAAUGAGGAAGUUGAUGUUUCCUGUAGAAGAGGAAGAUGAAGAACUUGACGGUUCCUUUCCACAUGACAAGAGAUAUAUUAGCAAGGAGUACAUGAAGGCAGGUUCACCAAGCUCCAGUGCCAAAAGUUUUAAUAACAGAACUCCUUUACAAGGUUCUUCACGGAAGACAGAUAGUAAAGUUAGUCCUCGUACUGUGCGAAAAGCACCACAAGCUUUAAUUGAAUACAAUAUAAAUAGUUCUGAAUUAAGCCCAUCUAGAAACAUUCUUAUGACUGGGCGAAACAAGGGUAUGCAACUGAGGCUGACAAAAAUUGAAGGCUUUAAAUUGGAGGAAAAACAUUCGACUCCAUUAUCUGGAGGAUACUCUAAAAACAUCGUUGAUGCUGCACUUUUCAUGGGAAGAUCAUUUCGUGUUGGAUGGGGACCAAAUGGCAUCCUUGUUCAUAGUGGUACACCAGUGGGCAGUUCCAGAAGUGGAUUGUCUUCUGUAAUUAGUGUACAGAAAGUUGCAGUAGACAGAGCUGUGAGAGAUGAAAACAAUAAAGUCAAGGAAGAGCUUGUUGAUUUGUGUUUUUCUGCGCUGCUGGAUCUACACAAGUCUCUAGACCAUGAAGCCACUGAUGUGGACCUUGGUUCUUGCAAAAUAAAGCUUCAGAAGGUUGUUUGCAAUCGUGUAACACUCUCAGAGAUAUGCCAGGCUUAUACUGGAAUAGUUGAGAAACAGCUAGAGGUUACUGGUUUAUCUACAUCUUCUCGUGUGCUUUUAAUGCAUCAAGUCACAAUUUGGGAACUGAUAAAAGUUCUGUUCUCAGAGAGGGAAACAAGUGGGAACUCGAAACCUCUAAUUGAUGAUGAUGGUGAGGAAAUGUUGGUUGAUAUUAAGGAUAGUUCUGUUGACAUAGACAUUGAAGCAAGACCUUUUGUUCGCAGAGCAGAGUUCAGUUAUUGGCUGCAAGAUAGUGUUUGCCACCGGGUACAAGAAGAAGUGAGCUGUCUAAAUGAUUCAAGUUAUUUGGAACACAUACUGUUACUUUUGACAGGACGGCAGCUGGAUGCAGCAGUGGAACUUGCUGCUUCUAGAGGAGAUGUACGGCUGGCUAUAUUGUUGAGUCAGGCUGGUGGGUCGGUAGUGAAUCGGUCUGACAUGGCUCAACAACUGGAUCUCUGGAGGAUGAAUGGGUUGGACUUUGAGUAUAUUGAGAAUGACAGGUUAAGGUUGUAUGAAUUGCUUGCAGGUAAUAUCCAAGGUGCUCUUCAGGAUUCAUCAGUUGAUUGGAAAAGAUACCUGGGAUUGGUGAUGUGGUAUCAACUACCACCAGAUACUUCAUUACCUGUAAUAAUUCACACUUAUCAGGAGCUUCUUGACAAAGGAAGGGCUCCACAUCCAGUCCCAGCUUAUAUUGAUGAAGGACCUCUGGAAGAAGCAGUGGACUGGAGUGUAGGUGAUCGUUAUGAUAUAGCAUAUUAUCUCAUGCUGCUUCAUUCUAAUGAAGACAAAACCUUCAGUCCACUGAAAACCAUGUUCAGUGCCCUUUCUUCUACACAUGAUCCACUUGACUACCACAUGAUUUGGCAUCAAUGUGCCAUAUUGGAAGCUAUUGGUGCAUUCAGUUCUAAUGAUCUUCACAUUCUUGAUAUGAGCCUUGUUUCCCAGCUGCUAUGUCUUGGGCAGUGCCAUUGGGCCAUCUAUGUUGUUGUCCACAUGCCUUAUGAUGAUAAUUUCUCCCAUAUUCAGGCCAAUCUUAUUAAGGAAAUUUUGUUACAAUAUUGCGAAACUUGGAGUACACAGGAAAUUCAGCGCCAGUUCAUUGAAGAUCUUGGCAUACCAUCAGAAUGGAUGCAUGAGGCCUUGGCAAUAUAUUUUCAAUACAUUGGAGAUCUUCCAAAGGCCCUUGAACAUUUUCUUGAGUCAUCUAACUGGCAGAAAGCUCAUUCAAUUUUUAUGACAUCAGUUGCUCAUUAUUUGUUUUUAUCAUCUAAACAUUCAGAGAUUUGGAGGAUCACAAGCUCGAUGGAAGAGCACAAGUCAGAAAUUGCUGACUGGGACUUGGGUGCUGGAAUUUAUAUUGAUUUCUAUGUUAUAAGAAGUUCUUUGCAAGAAGAGAACGUCAUGAGUGAAUCGGAUCCUCUUGAGAAGAAUAGAGAAGCAUGCCAAAAUUUCUUCAGUCGCUUGAAUGACUCACUCUUAGUUUGGAGGAGUAGAUUACCUGUUGACGCGAGGGCCACCUAUUCAAAAAUGUCAGAAGAGCUAUGCAAUCUGCUUGUGUCCACUCCCGGUGAGAGUUCUACUCCAUCGGUUCAUAUGAGCUGCUUCAAGACAAUGCUCAGUGCUCCUAUUCCAGAAGAUCUACGGUCUAGUCAUCUGCAGAAUGCUCUUUCAGUUUUUACCUACUUGCUCUCAGAGUCUGAGACGUGAAAAAUUUUCCAAAUGUUUUCUGAAGUAUUUCAUAUUGUUGUUUUUGUAAUAUCAGAAAUGUAGAUCUGGGGAUGCGCCCCAUUGCUGUAUUUUUUCAUCCUUUUUUUAGUUCAAUGAUAUCUCAUUGUCCUGACCCUUGUGUGUGUUUGUAUCAUGGUUCUCCACGGGCUUAUUAAAAGUGAAUGAUCUAUCGAA